ACAAGACGUCAUCCACGACAAAACACGGGUAGCUGCUGCUGGCGGAGCAAUUCGAAACGCACAUGUACGCGUAGAUAUGAAACCACAAUAAAUAAUAGUUUUUGAAGUUUAAAAUAAUAAAUUAAAUCAUUGAUUGUUGGUGAUAAGUUAAAAGUGGUCGAGAAAAAACUUCUACAGAAUUCAACUACCGGAUAGAAAAAGUAUUUUUCGUGAGGAUAUUUCAAAUUUGAACGAUGAGUGCAGUGCUCUUCCUGAUCAGCACUGUGUUGGGCUAUGUGCUGUACCAUCUGAUCCAAUCAAUGAAACGACCUCCAAAUUUUCCUCCAGGUCCCAACUUUAUGCCAUGGAUGGGCAACACCUUCCAGUUGCGCAAAGAAGCACGCGCCUGUGGUGGCCAACAUUUGGUGUUUGAAAAGUGGUGCAAAAAAUACAACAGCAAUCUGCUGGGCCUCAAGCUAGGCAGCGAGUACGUCGUUGUUGCACACUCCUAUCCCCUGGUUCACGAGGUACACAUUAAGGAAGUUUACGAUGGGCGGCCAGAUAACUUCUUUCUGCGCCUGCGUACAAUGGGCACUCGUAAGGGCAUCACCUGCACCGACGGCCAACUUUGGCAGGAACAUCGCAUUUUUGCUAUGCGACAGAUGCGUCAUGUCGGCUUUGGACGCACGGAAAUGGAGCAGUACAUCGAGAAGGAGGCUACCGUGUUGCUGCGUUACAUCGAAGAUCUGCAAGCGGAGCCUGUGUGGCCAGGGUCAUUUCUGGCGCCUAGCGUACUAAAUGUUCUAUGGACUUUGACGGCUGGCAAGGGCAUAGAGCGCGACGAUAAGCGUCUAAAGAAAUUGCUCGAUAUGCUGAAUCGGCGUUCCAAAAUUUUCGACGUGUGUGGCGGCGUAUUGACACAAAUGCCUUGGCUACGUUAUUUCGCACCGAAUUGGACAGGUUACAAUCUCAUUUGUCAACUGAAUCAAGAGAUGCAUGCGUUUUUCUUGGAAGCCAUUAAUGAACAUCGAAAAAGUAUGACGCCGCAGAAUGAAGAGAGUGAUCUGAUCUAUGCUUACUUACGUGAAAUUAAUGAACGCAACGCUGACGCAGAAAAUACAACUUUCAGUGAAACUCAACUGAUAAUGACCAUUUUGGAUUUAUUCAUAGCUGGCUCACAAACCACCAGCAAUACCACAGAUUUAGCAUUAAUGAUGCUCGCUCUGAAUCCAGAUGUGCAAGGACGCGUUCACGAGGAGAUCGUAGGUAAUUUAGAAAAAAGUGAAAUUCCUGCAAAUCUUUGUUAUCGCGAGUAUUUUCCCUAUACGAAUGCAUUCAUCAUGGAAGUGCAACGUUAUUUUCACAUAACUCCGAUCACCGGACCCAGACGAGCUUUAGAGAACACAACUCUUGCCGGUUAUAAUAUACCGAAAAAUACAACGAUAUUAAUCGGCUCGCGUGCGGUGCACAUGGAUAAGGAACAUUGGGGUGAUCCGGAGAACUUCAGACCAGAACGUUUCAUCGACAAAGAGAGGGAAAUAUUCCGCGAUGAGUACUUCAUGCCAUUCGGACAGGGGCGUCGUCGUUGCCCAGGCGAUGCUUUGGCGCGUGCGUGCCUAUUUGCAUUCCUCACAAAAAUUGUGCAGUUUUUCCGGUUAGAGCUGUGCAAAGAAGCGUUGCCGUCUGUAGUGCUACAACCGGGAAUUACAUUGACGCCAAAGCCAUAUAAAGUGCGAUUUGUAAAGCGAAGUUGAGCGACGACGGAGCCAUUUCCAGAGUAUGGAGAAAGGAGAGAUUAAAUUUAUUUUUUUUUUGCUUAAUGUUUUUGUGAAUUGAUCA